CUCCAAUUUUGGCAGACAUAAAUUUUCCCAAGCCACAUGAGCGCUUUUCGAGCCCCAAAGGAACCUUCUACAUAGUUUGGUGAUUUUUGUUCUAACUAUGCCAGGCAAAUGGAAGACCCCCAUCCAAAAACACACAAUGCCUUGAAUUACCGAGCGAAGAAGACCUCUCACUCCACAUGUCUUUGCCUUUUGAUUGAAUUUAACUACAAAGACUGCAAACGGCCUCGUCAAAUGACUUCGGGACGGCGCACAGUUUUACCAUCAUCAAUUUCAUCCUCCUCGCGGAUUCUUCACAUCCCACCUGCAACAACCACUGGCAAAAGCCCAUGCCAGCUUUCAAAUUCCCAAAGCUCCUCCACAAACGCUUAUACUCGUAUUGUUCGCAAGCCGAUUCAAAAUCCAGCUACCUCAACCGACUUAUUGACCCAUUCCUCUUCGGAAAUUUCCUAAAUUCAAGAACCCUUCUCCUCACCCACGCCUUCAUCAUCGCCACCGGCAACGCGCGAAACAAAUUCAUAGCCUCGAAGCUCAUAGCCUCUUACGCCUCCGUCGGCCGCCCCAAUUGCUCCACCAAGGUCUUCGACUGCCUCGAUUUCAGAGACGCCUUCCUCUGGAACUCCAUCAUCAAAGCCCAUUUUUCCAACGGGGGCUAUGCUGGUGCCCUCGAGCUUUUCUCCAAGAUGAAGCGCGCCGGGAAUUCGCCCGAUCAAUUUACCUUCCCAAUGGUUGUCUCGGCCUGCGCCGAGCUCGGGUCCCUGGGGACAGGCAUGGCCGUUCAUGGGUUGGUCUUCCAAUUGAACCUCUUUGUUGGGAACUCUGCCGUUGGGGCCUCGUUUGUGUACAUGUAUUCAAAAUGUGGAUCUGUAGAGAACGCCUCUCUCGUGUUCGACGAAAUGCCCCUGAAGGAUGUGGUUGCUUGGACUGCGCUUGUGAUUGGGUACGUGCAGAACGGCGAGAGUGAGAAGGGCUUGCUGUGUCUGAAAGAGAUGCAUAGGGCUGGUGGGGAUGCUUCCGAGAGGCUGAAUUCCCGGACUUUAGAAGGGGGUUUUCGAGCUUGUGGUGAAUUGAGCGACUUGACAGCUGGCAGGUGUUUGCAUGACUUAGCGCUUAAAUUGGGAAUCGUGUCCUCCCACAUCAUUCAAUCUCAUAUCUUGUCGAUGUACUCAAAUUGUGAAAGUGCUGAAGAUGUGAAAGUUUCGUUCGAAGAGGUCGUGGAGAAGGAUCUUUUCUCGUGGACCUUGAUUAUCGUCAACUAUGCAAGGCUCGGGAGAUUUUGUGAAUGUUUCGAAAUGUUUACGAAAAUGCAGGCUGAUGGGGUCCACCUGGACGGGAUGGUAAUUGGAUGUCUGAUCUCUGGUUUCGCCAAUUCAAUGAAUGUCGGUGAAGGGAAAGCGCUUCAUGGGUAUAUCUUGAGGAGAAAUUAUUGUUUUAAUCAGAUUGUUAAUAAUUCACUGAUUUCAAUGUAUUGUAAAUUUGGCCUCGUGAAUAUUGCGGGGAAGAUCUUUUUUGCUGGUGGGCAUGAUCGAGAGAAAGAAUCUUGGAAUAUCAUGGUAGUUGGCUAUCAGAAAGCCGGAUUAGAAGUUGACUGUAUAAAUUUGUUCAAAGAAAUGCAGUUUCGAGGAAUAGAAUCCUAUUCGAGCAGCUUAAUGUCCGUGAUUUUUUCCUGUUCGAGAUUGGGAGCGAUUCGUUUCGGUCAAUCUGUGCAUUGUCAUAUCCUAAAGCAGCAGCGUUCGUUUGAGAACAUCUCGAUUGUAAAUUCACUCAUCAACAUGUACGGUCGAUGUGCGAAUUUGAAUACGGCACAAAAGCUCUUCAAUCAAAUCGAUCCAAAAGACAUUGCUGCAUGGAACUCCCUUAUCUCAGCUUACACCGAGAACGGGAAAUUUUUCGAAGCUAUCACUUUUUUCGACAAAAUGAUAUCACGAGGAUUAAAACCUAACGUAGUGACCGUCUUAACCUUGUUAUCCGCUUGUGCUCGGUUUGCCUCUGUUGAGAACGGGAGAAAAAUACACGAAUACAUCAAACAAACGGGAUUAUUAUUCACUCACGAAGUUUCGCUCGUGACAGCUCUAGUCGACAUGUACGCGAAAUGCGGAGAAAUCGACAAGGCGAGAGAAAUUUUCGACUCCAUGACCGAAAAAGACACCGUGACUUGGAACGUGAUGAUUUCGGGUUACGGGGCCCACGGGCACGCCAGGUCAGCAAUCGAGAUUUUCCGGCAGAUGGAAGAAAAUGGAACCGAGCCGCCAAACGGGCUCACCUUCCUUGCUGUCCUCUCGGCUUGCGCUCAUUCUGGAUUGGUGGAGGAAGGUAAGUCUCUGUUUGGUAGAAUGAUGGAAUAUUAUUCUCUUGUGCCCACACUUAAGCACUAUGCUUGUAUGGUGGAUCUUUAUGGACGAGCGGGAUGUCUUGAUUUGGCCGAGUCUCUCAUUUUGUCGAUGCCUUUAACUCCCGAUGGUGGAAUUUGGGGCUCUUUGUUGAAUUCGUGUAAAAUGCACAACAAUGCUGAGAUGGGUGUGAAGAUAGCAAAGCGUGCGAUUGAAGCCGACCCAGAAAAUGAUGGGUACCGUGUGUUAAUCUCUGAUUUCUACAGCUGUAUGGAGAUGUGGGAAGAGGUUGAACAAGUUCGGAAGGUAAUGAAGGAUCGAGGGGUGAGAAAGACGAUGGGUUGGAGUACAGUGUAAAACAGAAAUUGCCUUAAAAGUUAAAACUUGAUCUGGAAACAGUUUUUUUAAGGACUUUUCGGAUUAUGAACAAAAUGUGUCGUGCUGUGGUUGAACGGAGAUGGAGGGUAUUCAGUUAAGAGGAGAUACGUUCGGGUGUAAUGUGUAUGCAUUUGUCCGAUUUGCACUCUUCAUCCUCUUUGCUCACAUCUUCUAUAGCUUGACCAGAAAAGAUGGAGGAGUUUUUGUAUUGGCUGCACCUAAGAGAGGUGGUGCGCCGGCGAGUUUCGGCAGGCCAACUCCGACGGCCUGCAUUUCCCCUGGCGCGGCAAUUUCUUAUGCUGGUGAACGGCGAACAAAUGGCGAGGUGGCAGCGAACGGCGAGGUGGUUAGGACGUCGGAAAUGUGUAUCUCCGGUGGUUGGUCAGCGGCGUGGUGGCGAGGUGAUGUUGUAACAGCAACUGCACGUGGUGCCGGGGUCAGCCCGGACCGCCAGGUCGACCCAAAAUCGGCCCGUAUGUACUUACCUGUUCCGGCGAUUGAGCGAGAGAAGAUAAUGUGGACCACGGGUUCCUCUCGUUUUGCUUGCUUCACGUGGCUCCUCUGGCUUUGCCACCUCCACCUUGUGAUUAUGAAACUUGAUAGGAUUAUUAAACAUGUACCGUUCAACUAA